AUGCCGUUCUUGCGGUCGGCGGCCAUAUGCCAGUGCACCCCCGCAGGCACUCGAGCAGUGCUUACCGGCUGUCUGGGCUGGCAAACACGACGCUCAUCUACUAGCUCUCCGUCGCAGCCGACGCUUCACCAUCUCCCCGAGUCGCGAUUGAACCCAAGCCCCGACGACUACGCCUCGCCCAACUUUGCAGACAAAGCCGAACUGACAAUCUCCGCGGGAAGAGGCGGCAACGGCUGCGUCUCCUUCCUCCGCGAAGCCUUCUUACCCGACGGCCCUCCCAACGGCGGCGACGGCGGAGCCGGGGGCAACAUAUACAUCCAGGCGGCCCAUGGCGAAACAUCACUGCACAAGCUAGCCAGAAGACGCUUCAUCCGUGCAGGGCGCGGCCAGCAUGGCCAGGGGAGUGCAAGGGGCGGAUCCCGCGGGGAAGACGUCAUCAUCAUUGUACCGGUCGGAACCAUAGUGCGGGAGCUGGAAAGGGAGGAUCCCGCCGGCGAGGAGGCCAUGAACAUCAAGGCGUACAGGAAGUUGGUGAAGCAGCGGACAAAGGAGGCGCUGCUCCUCCAAGACGAAAAACAGAGGUGCGAGCGCGCCGAGGGGCCACAGGAGGACCAAGUUCUCGACAGAAAAGGUCGUCUCAAGCCAGCACCCGCACCAAGAGACGUAGAGGACGAAGACGUCAAUCUCGACGACCCGACCCGCCAUAAAUGGCUCUUGUAUCCCGGCAUGUCCAAGUCCGAAAUGAAGAGCACCUCGUUCCCGCGGCUUCCCCAUCGCCUCCCUCUCCUCCAGCAGCCGCCCGCCCCCGUCUGUCUCGACCUGUCCCGUCCCACGCCUCGGCCUAUCCUCCUCGCCGCAGGUGGAAUCGGUGGCCUGGGAAACCCGCAUUUCACCUCGCGAGAGCACCCCAAGCCAAUCUUUGCUACCAAAGGCGAAGCGGCUGCUUCCAUGAAACUCGCACUGGAGCUGAAGCUGCUCGCCGACGUGGGUCUCGUCGGUCUUCCGAACGCCGGCAAGAGCACGUUGCUGCGCGCCUUGACAAACAGCCGCACGAGAGUGGGCAGCUGGGCAUUCACCACGCUGCAGCCCAACAUAGGGACGGUGGUACUGGACAGGUAUUCAGGACAGCCUACCGCACGGAGUCGUCGGAAAGCAAGCCCUGGGACAGACGGGUGCUCGGGCGCGGCCCUCGAGCCCAGGACGAGAUUUACCGUCGCGGAUAUCCCUGGCCUCAUCGAAGGCGCCCACCUUGAUCGCGGACUGGGAAUAGCCUUUCUGCGGCACGUCGAACGAGCAGGCGUGCUCGCCUUCGUGGUCGACCUGGCUGCGGGGAAUGCCGUCACGGCACUCAACGCGCUGUGGCGCGAGGUCGGCCUCUAUGCUCAGAUGCGAGACGAGGAAGACCGCGAUCGCGAGGCCCAGUCGCGCGUGGACUGGCACUUUUCAUCCGACUCUCCCCGGGCGCCGAUCAAUCUUAUGGACGCAGAGUACGCCGGUCCCCCGGCACUUGGACAAGGCCCAAGUCAGUCAGGGCCUCGCAUCGCUGAGAAGCCGUGGUUCGUAGUCGCUACGAAAGCGGAUCUACCCGACACGCGGGACAACUUUAUGGAACUGAAAGCGCACCUGGACAAGAUUACGAAGGAGAAAGUGGCGCACCCAAGUGGUGCGAAGGGCGCCUGGACGAAGAACUGCGCCGUCAUUCCCGUGAGUGCCAUCCACGGGCAGGGGGUGGACAGGAUAGUUCACUGGACAGUAGGGUUGCUGGAUGAGUAG